AAUUACUAUUGGUUUUUCAUUCCCUCUUCUCUUUAUCUACAUUUAUCUUGAUUUUACAGAUCUGUCUAUCGAUCAGGAAUAAUGGAGUUACUCGUACACAUCGUUGCAAUACUAACCGUCGUGCAAUCAACAUGGUCGUCACCUCAAACCAGCACAGCGCCACCUAUUGGCAGCCUGAGCCUAAGAUACACGAACACAAGUACUACAAAAGCAACUGAAAUUAGAACUGAGUUCCCAGUCAGUAGUCCUUCCCAAAGAACAGUUAGCAGCGUUCACACAAACCUUGGGACUACACCGCUGUUACUGGUGGAAACUUCAAAGGCACAUUCCGAGCAAAACUUUACAAAAAGCAGUAGCGAUGUUUUAAAUACAACAAAUUCACCAGCCAGUUCAUCGACUUUACAACCUAUUGUUAGUGCAUCCCAAAGGGAUCAAACAAGGACUACAGUCGUAAGGACAGAUCUAGGAAACGGGUCGACGCCAAGCCCUGAUAAUAUCAGUGGAAUGGCUGUCACCUCAGCCACUUCAGGAACGUCCUUCACCACAGGCAUCACACCAAGUUAUGAACCAUCGAAGAAAGUGACUCAUGUUACUUCAGAGGACCAUUCUGAAACAACUGGUCAUGUGGAUAAUAUCAGCGAGGGACCUAUUACUUCAAGAAGUUCAGAGCCGUCUGGCACCACAGUGGUCUCACCAAGCUAUGUGCCACCUAAGGAAGUCACACGAUUUACUUCAGAGGGUCAUUAUAUAACCCCCAGUCCUGUUGAUAAUGUCAGCCAAGGGUUUCUUACUUCAAGCAGUCCAAAGCCAUCAAUUACCACAAGGGUCUCAUCGAGUUAUAUUCCCUCUGAGGAAAUGCUUGAGGUUACUUCAAUAAACCAUUCCAAAACACCUAUUCCUGGAGAUAUCACCCGUCAAGUGGAUGUAAUUGCAAACAAUUCAGAGACACCCGAUCCCACAAGGCUCUCAUCGAGUUCUGUUCCAUCUGAGGAAGUGCUUCAGACUACUCCCAAGGACCAGUCUAAAUCCCCUAUUCCUGGAGAGCCUGGACUGAGAUCCUCGCCGAGGGUUGCCUCAGAGUACAUUAUCACCUCGAUACAUGGUGUGACAGAAAGUGAUAUUGUUUCUAACUCAAGUGCAACUACUGACGCCGAUGUUGGCACAUAUUCUUCAACAUCAGUGGCAGUUCUUUUGACCACCAUAGGAGAGUUAGAUACUGUGUCGGAAACGCAAACUCGAUUACCUGAUGCAACAGUUAUGAAACCUACAACAGUCAGGCAAAUUGAUACCACUAAACAACCAGAUUUAUUUACGACUGUGAGUCAAGUAGAAACAACAGAAGCAGUAAGUGUCGAAUCGCUAGUCACUGGAUUUCCUAAGGUUACCGACUUGUCAACUGAGAUUUCGAAUACGGAAGUUUAUCAAACAAUGCAAACAUCCGCACCAAGUGCACAAUCCACAAUCUUGCCAACAGAGCAGAAGCCCGUGGAAAUGUCAACCAUGUCUGAUGGAGGCACUGAUGGGACGCUCUCUACGUUUGACCCUGUCAGUCUUGAACCAACUACGCAGGUAGACGAGCCGUCCUUCAAUACGACCGACGCGAGUACUGUACCGACGACCACAGAAUAUCCACUGGAGGUAGGUAGCAUUGGGGUUGUUACCGAAGCAGCAACACAGUUAGGCAUGACUAAUGAAACAGUUCCUGCCACCGAUAUGGACAUAGAAACUGAUCUCAUCACGGACCUGACUGAUGUAGCAGAAGGAACUGCUCCUUUAGAGCUUUGGACACUAGAAACAUCAUCAUCUGGAGAGAUGGAAUUCGAUGGCACUGGCGAUACGACAACUGAAUCGACGAUAUACACGGAGGCUACUACAGCUAUUGAAGUACCAGCUGUUCCGGCUCCUUGUCUCUGCGAGGUUGAAACCGCCCUGUUGUCUGCGAGUGUGUGUCUCUGCAACACAUCACUUGCUCUCUCCAACUUCACCUACCACGCCCACCUUGUCCGGCGUAACCAUGACAACACGACCCAUCCCGAGACCCAGGUGCAUUCUUCCCUUAUCUCCUCCGGUUCGGGAUGCUGGAACAUCAGUGUUCCUCUAGGGGGCUCGUACAGGUUGGUGGUCACGGCUGAGGAUGGAUUAGGAAACAUUGCAAGUACUCCUUCAGCUUACUUCGUUAGUGGUAAGUUUAUUCAAGAAUGAGUUCUGAGAUAUUUCUCGUAUUAAUGGGGCGUUGCAAGAUAAUUAGGUCUGAGUAGCCGCUACCCGGUAGCCUUUCAUGAAAGGACCUGUCCCACGUUUUCUCGGACAGUUACCAUCGUAACAGUGCCCUCUCAUCAAAUCAGAGUCAGGGAAAGUCGUCAGAUCUGGCAAAUAGUCUGAAAAAAAAGUAAACAAGGAGACUCUCCCCUUGGGAGUGUUUUAUCAAUAUUUUGUUGUCAGACUUGUUGUCAGAUCUGACAAAAUUCCUUGUUCUUUUAUUGUCUCAGAAGCACUAACUUUGGCAAUAAUCUUAUUCAAUCAUAAAACCCCUGUAAGUGCAGAAAGAUUAGACCUGUUACACAACAGACGAAUGAGUAAUCGCCGUCUUUGCAUUGAUUGUAUUUUAACAACUUAACAAUAUGUUACGUACAGGCCUAUUGUUAUUGAUAAUAACUCUUUUUUACCCAGGGUAGCCACUCUCAGCUGUAAGCUGCUCUUCCAGCAGGUCCUGCAUAACAAAACACAUUACAAAAACCUUUCCGAUUGUCAUACCUCGAGCACCUGGCAAGAAUGCAGAGGGUCCCAUUUUAAAGUCUUUGGUAUGACUCAAUCUGCUGGGGAUCGAACCCACGACCUCCCGUUCACGAGGCUAUACCACUGAGCCACCAUGUUGAUGAAGUUUACAUUUUUGAUUGUGAAUGUGAAUAUCUAUGCAUAUUUCUUGGUGUAUAAAUAGAAUGACCUAUUGAUGUGCCCGUUCAUAUAGUAAAGUUUCGGCUGCGCCGUUAUGGCGGGGGGGGGGGGGUGUGGCUAUUUUACACACAAAAUAUUUUCUGACGGGAGUUGCAUUGAAAUCUUGGUUUUGGGAGCAUAAUGCCUGUUUUAAAUCGCCAUAUCCAUUAGGUCCCGUCUGGGACUGACCUUUAACGUCUGAAAGACGUGACCAGGACUCGAACCUCGAUCCUCAAUCCCUUCAACAAUUUGUAGGGAAACACACGCUCUCAGAGGAAAAUUAUAAAGGGGUUAUUGCUUAAAACUGGUUGUAAGACCUGCGUUAAGUGCAAUUUACCCUUGACGUUAAUACAUGAAUUCUUUAUGAAACCGGUACCAAAUGUGAUUACAAUCGGCUCAGUCGAAGAGCGAUCCGUAGGGGUAGGCGGAAGGUUCAGAGCGGAAGAGAUAGUGAAGUGUGUAGGUGGAGGGAUGAAAUGUUAAAAGCCAUGCCACAUUAUUAUGUUUGAAUCAAUGUGAGGGGCACCCUAAACAUUUGCAAUAGAUAAGGGCUUGGGAGAGGCAGUGAGAGCUUUAUGUAUUUGUAUUUCCCCGACCAUUAUCCACUUUUAAAGGCUGAAUCAAUGAUUUUAGUCGAAUCAGUUGAUUAACAUGACUAAGACUUCUAAGUAAAUAAGUCAAAAAGUAAAACGGCUCCAAAUAACAAAAAGCGAAGGGAAUUAUUUGUGCAACCUUCAUAUUUGUUCUGACGUUAUGGAUGAAUGAUGUUCGUCAAAUAGAUUUUGAGGCUUCAUCCCGACUUUGGCAGGAAAAUCAUUUAUGCCUUUUUGCUUGGCUGUGAUCUUGUUGUUCGUUAAUUUGUAAUUAAUAAUCUCUGUGACACUUUGUCGAAUUCCAAGAGAUUCAUCUAAAAUGAAGCCAGAACACGGAAUCCUUGCAACAGCAUUCCAUGGUAAGCGGUGUCAUUGCAACUGUCUGUUUCUUCACUCUGACAUUUGAAGAAAAAAAAUGUAAAAUUAGUUUAAAAUCUUUAAAUGCGUUUCGGGGGUGUUUUUGGCAAUUUUUUUUUCUUUAUUUCAUUUUCCUUAUUAAUAUGGGUGUUUCUUUUUUUUUUUAUAGGUUAUUCAUGACAUUCAUGAAGGCUAUUAUGCUAGAUUAGCAAAGCCAAUGUUUUUCUACUUCGUAUACGAUCAUUCUUGACAGGAUUCUAAUCGAGGGAGUUGAUCAAUCUGGUGAUAAUAAAUCCAAGUUUCAUGCUAUUAUUUUUCGGGGUCGAGUAAGGUAGGUGAUAUGCGCAGUGGAACGGAAAUCGACCCGAAGUCGAUGACUUUGGAAUCUUUCAGCGGAAGGCAAUGACUUCUCCAACGAGAAAGGAAAUGGAAUAGAAAUCAUAUCAAUCGAUAUCUUAGGGAAUAGAAUACAGAAUGUCUCGGGAAGAGGCCAAGUGUUAGCUGAAAUGAAAGCGAUGCCUCACCCAUUUAGACUACAAAAGAAAAAAAACAUACGAGCUUAUCUUUAAUUUUGGUAAACUCCAUUAUGCAUGCCACUAUUACGAUUCAAUACUAGAUUAUACCAUUGUUUUAUAUGGGAUAAAUUAUUGUGCAAUCUCAGUAUUUACAUUAAUUUGAUCGAGUGCCCCAUCAAAAAAUGACAUAUGCGAAUAUAAUUAUCGCCUCUGAAUUUUGACGUUUGGUGAGCGUUUCACAUUUUUUGGGUUCUUUACACCGAACAUUCGAAAUCGAUAUGAUGUUAGGCCUUGCUGUUGGGGGAAUUCUCCCAUAACGGAAGUGGAAUGAGUGGAACGAGAGGAAAGCAUAUCAUGGACCUAGAUUUAGAAUUCCCGUGUUAAUUUCUCUUCCCUUUAAUAAGAAUGGCAUAACCUGUGGAGUAUGGGUAAAUGGGGGGAGGGUAGGGGGCAUGCCCCAAAGAUAUUUCUACCACCACCUUAAGAAAAAAUGAGAAAGGGAAAAGGGUACACAUAUGUCAUUUUUAUAAAUGUAUUUUCAAAAUCUAUCACAAAACUAGCUUUUAUUAUUAAGAGGGUAAAAAUGUGCUCGCUCGUGACAUUUUCCUUUUUUCUUUAAAUUUUUGCUCCAUAUACCAUGUUUUGCUCCGCUCAGUUUUUUUUGCUCAUUACGCCACGAUGGGGUCGGGAGCGGCGUUACCAGGGGCAGGGGAAAAUGAAAUGAAGUACUGAAACGG